AUGGCUCUCAAACCCGGCGAUUCCUUCCCUUCGGAUGUUGUCUUCCAGUACAUUCCCUGGAGCGAAGACAAGGGCGAGAUCACCGCAUGCGGCAUCCCUAUUAACUACAACGCCUCGAAAGAAUGGGCCGAUAAGAAGGUUGUUCUAUUCUCCGUUCCAGGUGCCUUCACCCCCACCUGCUCCAUCAACCAUGUCCCCGGCUACAUCCAGAACCUUCCUCAGCUGAAGGAGAAGGGCGUGCAAGUCGUUGCCGUGAUCGCGUCCAAUGAUCCUUUUGUCAUGAGCGCUUGGGGAAAGGCGAAUAAUGUCAAGGGUGAUGAUAUUCUUUUCCUGACUGACCCCGAUGCGCGCUUCUCCAACACCCUUGGCUGGGCGAGUGGUGGUCGCACCGGGCGGUUUGCCAUCGUCAUUGAUCAUGGCAAGGUGACCUAUGCGCAGAUUGAGACUGAGAAGGGUGCUGUUAAGGUCUCCGGCGCUGAUGCUAUCCUGGCGAAUUUGUGA